AUGGAAUACGCCGAAUCCUAUUGCCAACAAAAUAAUGGCACCGUAAUGUCAAUCCAAUCACAAAUGGAAAACACAUUUGCUCAAUUCCGCCUUCCCAUCUAUUGGAAAAUGCUUGGCGCCAAAAAAGUCGCGAAAAAUACCUACGUCUGGUUGGAUGGUACCGUAUGGGGGACUUUUGAUAAUCGGGACCCACUGGAUUACUACUCGGACACCUUGGACUGCCUCACGAUAUCCGGUUUAAACGGUCUCUGGCAAAGGGCAAAUUGCUCAUCAAUGCAGGAUUUUUAUUGUAAAAUUCCAUUAGGACCCAAAGUGGACGAUUCGAAAUGCAACUCGACAAUGUUAAUGGUUCCAACGGAAAUUUCAUCGGCAGGUGGACCAUGUAAAUGGCAAUUGGUCACUCCUGGAGCCUAUCCAAUCAGUAUAUACUUUGUUGAUAUGGCAAAUGGGACUACUGUAGAGCUGUACGAUGAGAAUAUGCAGCUGAGCCAGGAAAUUAAGCAAAGUGGAGUUCAUUUCGAUGCGAAGACCAAUAUUCUGAAUGUGGCACAUGAUGGAGUCGGAAGUUUCAAAGCGGUGGUCAAGGCGCAGACCUAUAGUGCUUGA